AUGAGCAGACCACCUGAAGCCUUUCUUCUUCUAACACUGCUCAAUGUGACGCUAAAGGCAGGAUCUCAUAUUCACACUGGUACCCUUGGCCUGGAAUGCAUCACUAUCAGCGGGUUUGACCGCAAUGUUUUCUUGGUUUUGCGGUUGAACGAGCUCGAGAUACCUAUAGACCACUCGCGAAGCAUUUCUUUCGAUGCCUCUAUUCCGGAUACACGGACGUAUACUUUUCAUCCAACGGAAUCGGAUCCUAUGACUCUCGUGCUCAGUGCACGAACAAGCUGGCACCCCAACUACAUGGAAGAUUUAGAUACAUUCGAAGCAAUUCUAUCCCAAUAUGCCGAAUUCUUUCACACUUCAAACAUUGCCACCACUCCGGCAUACGUCUCCCACAUUGAUGAACACGCGUCCAAGGACCUAGCAGAUUACCGCGGACACCUUGUUCUCGUGAACGAGGAUAACGGAGAAGUGAUGGGGGAGUUCGAUAAAAAGAUGUCUGUUCGGGAAGAUCCUAUAAUGUGGGAACGCGGUCACGAGAAAGAUCCAGUUGUCAUCGAAGUCCCUGAAGGGCAAGCAGUCGAUGAUGAGCAUCCUCUUCAAUUCUUCGCUCGGGCGAUACCGCCAGAUCAGCAGGACUGGAUCACUAAAUCCGCUGUCAUCGUAAGUCAUGCCAUCACCCACACGACCAGCUUAUUCUUGACUGUCGUAAAUUCGGCGUCAAAUUAUUACAUCAACCACUCACCGCCUUCACCAAACCAUCCCGCUAAUGCAAAGCCAGGGGAACCGCCGAAACCCCCACCGCGAGCUUUGGUCUUCUUGACCUCAGAUAAAACGAAGAAAGGACUUGCUGCAGCCCAUACGUACACCGGUCAGGCGGUCAAAGUCAGUUCCAAAACAUUAUCUAUCAUUGAAGGUAUGAUCAAGAAGACGAUGGGGAGCGAGAAGAAAGGGAAAGGAAAAGGCAAUGCUAGCCAUCCGUCCAUACCCGGAAGCGGGAGUCUGUCUCCCAACUCGGGUUACGCCUCCCGCUCCUCGUCGCCUGGUAUGCCAUCAACUCCGCCGCCGCCUUAUUACGCUUCGAAUUCGGGUCACCUUUUACCUGACGGAAAGCCGCCGUUACCUCCUAGACGGUCUCCUAGUCCUUCAAUGUCGCGUUCUUCGUCACCACAGCCUCCAGCACCGCCGCUACCUCCACGAAGGACAAGACGACUAUUGUUAUCCGCCAAUCUCAUCUUGUCGACAUUGGAUAACUCUGCAAAACGUAUACUAGACGUGGGGACUGAGAGGAUCGGUGCGGUCGUCGGACAUAAAUAUGGAGAGGAUGCGGGGCAGACUUCUCAACUGAUGGCAGGAACGGCGAGGAACUGCGCGCUCGUAUAUGUAGAUAUGAGAGGUAUGGGCCGCAAGGCCAUUCUGAAGACCGCUAGGAAGGAGUUCAUCAAGGGCCGAGUAAGAAGCAGCGCGAAGGAGUAA